UGUGAUAGAUCUAAGAUUCGAGAUUUUUUCUACGUACAUCCCUAUUCCCUAAGCACCUGCCCACCUGCUUACCUACCCGCCUACUUAUCUAUUUCUACUACUACUACUACUACUACUACUACUACUACUACUACUACUACUACUACUACUACUACUACUACUACUACUACUACUACUACUACUACUACUACUACUACUACUACUACUACUACUACUACUACUACUACUACUACUACUACUACUACUACUACUACUACUACUACUACUACUACUACUACUACUACUACUACUACUACUACUACUACUACUACUACUACUACUACUACUACUACUACUACUACUACUACUACUACUACUACUACUACUACUACUACUACUACUACUACUACUACUACUACUACUACUACUACUACUACUACUACUACUACUACUACUACUACUACUACUACUACUACUACUACUACUACUACUACUACUACUACUACUACUACUACUACUACUACUACUACUACUACUACUACUACUACUACUACUACUACUACUACUACUACUACUACUACUACUACUACUACUACUACUACUACUACUACUACUACUACUACUACUACUACUACUACUACUACUACUACUACUACUACUACUACUACUACUACUACUACUACUACUACUACUACUACUACUACUACUACUACUACUACUACUACUACUACUACUACUACUACUACUACUACUACUACUACUACUACUACUACUACUACUACUACUACUACUACUACUACUACUACUACUACUACUACUACUACUACUACUACUACUACUACUACUACUACUACUACUACUACUACUACUACUACUACUACUACUACUACUACUACUACUACUACUACUACUACUACUACUACUACUACUACUACUACUACUACUACUACUACUACUACUACUACUACUACUACUACUACUACUACUACUACUACUACUACUACUACUACUACUACUACUACUACUACUACUACUACUACUACUACUACUACUACUACUACUACUACUACUACUACUACUACUACUACUACUACUACUACUACUACUACUACUACUACUACUACUACUACUACUACUACUACUACUACUACUACUACUACUACUACUACUACUACUACUACUACUACUACUACUACUACUACUACUACUACUACUACUACUACUACUACUACUACUACUACUACUACUACUACUACUACUACUACUACUACUACUACUACUACUACUACUACUACUACUACUACUACUACUACUACUACUACUACUACUACUACUACUACUACUACUACUACUACUACUACUACUACUACUACUACUACUACUACUACUACUACUACUACUACUACUACUACUACUACUACUACUACUACUACUACUACUACUACUACUACUACUACUACUACUACUACUACUACUACUACUACUACUACUACUACUACUACUACUACUACUACUACUACUACUACUACUACUACUACUACUACUACUACUACUACUACUACUACUACUACUACUACUACUACUACUACUACUACUACUACUACUACUACUACUACUACUACUACUACUACUACUACUACUACUACUACUACUACUACUACUACUACUACUACUACUACUACUACUACUACUACUACUACUACUACUACUACUACUACUACUAUGGCGUGUGCUACUAAUACAACUUAUCAGUAG